GAGUUUCGGGUCAGGGGGCAGAGCCUCGGGUCGGAGGGGAAAUAACAAUCCGGGGUCCGAGGGCGGCGUAGUGCGGUCGUUUCCACGGCAACGGUCGCCAAGCCGAGGGGAGGGUGAGCGGGGACCGGAAACAGGAAGUGAGGUCGGAGCAUCGUGGUGGAGGCGCGUUGUUUGGCUGAGAUGGCAGAGGAGGCCCAGGACCCGCGCCCCGUGUCACGGCACGAGCUGGAGAAGGAGACGGAGCUGCGUUUCGAGGUGGAGCCGGGCGAGACGGUGGAGCUGGAGCUGGUGUCGGGCCUGGCGGAGGUCUUCGGCACCGAGCUGACCCGGCACCGGCCCUACACCUUCGCGGGGGGCUCGAAGGGGGCCGUCUUCACCUGGCACGGCUGCUGCGUGCAGCUGAGGGGCCGGCCGGAGGUGGCCUACGUCUCCCGGGACACCCCCAUGCUCCUCUACCUCAACUGCCACGCCGCCCUGGAGCAGAUGCGCCGGCAGGCCGAGCGGGAGGGCGAGCGGGGGCCCCGGGUCAUCGUGGUGGGGCCCUCCGACGUGGGCAAGACCACCCUCUGCCGCCUGCUGCUGAACUACGCCGUGCGGCUGGGCCGCCGGCCCACGCUGGUGGACCUGGACGUGGGGCAGGGCUCGGUCUCUGUGCCCGGCACGGUGGGCGCCCUGUACGUGGAGCGGCCGGCCGACGUGGAGGAGGGCUUCUGCGUGCGGGCGCCGCUGGUUUACCACUUCGGCUCGACGACGCCCGGCACCAACAUCAAGCUGUACAACCGGAUCACGUCCCGGCUGGCCGAGGCCUUUAACCAACGCUGCGAGCUGAACCGACGGGCGGCGGUGGGCGGCUGCGUGAUCAACACGUGCGGCUGGGUGCGGGGCUCGGGCUACCAGGCGCUGGUGCACGCCGCCUCUGCCUUCGAGGUGGACGUGGCGCUGGUGCUGGACCAGGAGCGACUGUACAACGAGCUGAAGAGGGACCUGCCGCACUUCGUCCGCACGUCCCUGCUGCCCAAGUCGGGCGGUGCUGUCGGCCGCUCCAAGGACUUCCGGCGGGAGAGGCGGGACCAGAAGGUGCGCGAGUACUUCUACGGGCCCCGCGGCUCGGGGCUCUUCCCGCACGCCUUCGACGUGGCCUUCUCCGAGGUGCAGAUCUUCCGGGUGGGGGCGCCCAGCGUGCCCGACUCCUGCCUGCCGCUGGGCAUGCGCCAGGAGGACGCCCAGCUGAAGCUGGUGCCCGUGGUGCCCGGCCGGGACCUGGCCCACCACCUGCUCAGCCUCAGCUCCGCCGAGCGGCCUGGCCCCCAGCUCCUGGAGGCUAGCCUGGCCGGGUUCGUGGUGGUCACCGCUGUCGACACGGAGAACCAGGUCUUCACGGUGCUCUCGCCCGCCCCCCGGCCCCUGCCCCGCAACAUCUGCCUCAUCAUGGACAUUCGCUUUAUGGACCUCAAGUAGGGGAGAGACGCCCGGGCAGGGGACCCGUCUCUCUCCUCGUGGGAAGCGGACUGUGAAAGAGAGUGAGUGUGUGUUUUUGUGUUUGUGCAACGGAGAGGGAUUGUGUAGUCUGGUGUAGUCUCUUUGGUCUCUCUCGGGAGGAGAUCUUUACACUGACCGGUGUCUCUCAGUUCCUCUCUCUCGGGGGGGGGAGAUCUGUACACUGACCGGUGUCUCUCAGUCCCUCUUUCUCGGGGGGGAGAUCUGUACACUGUCCGGUGUCUCUCAGUCCCUCUCUCUCGGGGGGGAGAUCUGUACACUGACCGGUGUCUCUCAGUCCCUCUCUCUCGGGGGGAGAUCUGUACACUGUCCGGUGUCUCUCAGUCCCUCUCUCUCGGGGGGGAGAUCUGUACACUGACCGGUGUCUCUCCCUCUCUCUCAGGGGGAGAUCUGUACACUGACCGGUGUCUCUCAGUCCCUCUCUCUCGGGGGGAGAUCUGUACACUGACCGGUGUCUCUCAGUCCCUCUCUCUCGGGGGGAGAUCUGUACACUGACCGGUGUCUCUCAGUCCCUCUCUCUCUCGGGGGGAGAUCUGUACACUGACCGGUGUCUCUCAGUCCCUCUCUCUCAGGGGGAGAUCUGUACACUGACCGGUGUCUCUCAGUCCCUCUCUCUCAGGGGGAGAUCUGUACACUGACCGGUGUCUCUCAGUCCCUCUCUCUCGGGGGGAGAUCUGUACACUGACCGGUGUCUCUCAGUCCCUCUCUCUCGGGAGGUGAUCUGUACACUAACCAGUGCCUCAAACCCUCUUGUGGGGAGAUCUGCACGCUGUAAUUAUGCAUUUUAAUGUUUCCUUUUUAUGUGUACCGACACGGUUGAGGAACUCCCGUGACAUUUGUUUUAUCAAGGGGCGUUAAAGGUCUGUGUAAAUUUUACCAUGUCUGGAUAAUAAAAGAUUUUGUGGUUGAGUUCA